GUUUUCACUGCGGAGCUGGUGACAUGUUAUUGACAUUAAUUUAUAUUAUUAGUAGUAAUCUUUUUAGAUUUGAAUUGUUUAUAACAGAAAAUUAACUUAUAGAGAUAUCUUUUUAAUAACUUUACAUGAACGGAAGUUACUUUAAAAUGUGUAGUGAAUAAAUCGUGUCUUUCUAGUUGCUAAUAAGUUUUUGCAGUUUGAGUUCUGAGAAAUUUGGAUUUUAUCAUCUUUGGUUUUGGAUGUAAAUCCACCAUGUGGGUUUUAUUGGUGCUGGGUGUGGUGACGAGCGCGUCCCGAGCGCUCGCCGCCGGCUACUGUUCCACUAACACGUUCCAGAGGAACUCCUCAUCAAUGCAUUUUAGUAAAGAGCCAAUCCCAUACGAGUACGGUUUCCAGGACAAGUUCAAGAGCAUUCACUGCUGCGUGAAAGGAUACAGGAGCAUAGAGUGGUUUAAAGACGGAGUAGCCUACCCUUGGUCAGCAGGAGUGUCCAAUUUAAUUCUGUACCCUGAAGCGGCAAAUCAAACUUUGUACACAAGACGAGCCGCGCGAGCUGACUCCGGCAACUACACCUGUCGCCUCAGCAAUGAAACGCACAGCGAGACACAUACUGUUCGACUAGACAUCUUAGAAAAACCAACGGAUGCGCCGAAAACGAUGUUCAUUUCGAAGGAUCAGUGGGUGGAGGAAGGGACCGAACUUCGACUGUUCUGCGAAGCGUUGAUUGGUCGAUCAUAUCUAGCGGAUGCUAGGAGCGACCUUCGUUGGUGGAAGGUGUGGCCAAAUGGUACCGAAGGCGACCUCUUACUCACUCAGACUGAGAUUAAAACCGCAAGGGAGGACGUAGAAGACAUAAUAGGCUCCUACCUCAGCAUCAAGCAAGUGACCGCACAGGACUACGGCACGUACGUGUGCGUCGUGCACAGCAACGACGUCGUCUCCAGGAACUACGUCACCGUGCACUAUAAACGUAAGCCGAAUGGCGGCGCGUCCCCGUGGUGCGGCGGCGCGGGCGUGCCGUGGCGCGCGCUGGCGCUGGGCGGCGCGGCGGGCGCGCUGCUGCUGCUGUCGGCGGCCGCGUGCCACCGCCGCUGCACGCCGCGCCUGCUGCUGGCGGCGCGCCACGCGCGCGCGCGCGCCGCCACCGCCGCGCACCGCGCAAGAGUGCUAGAGAAGGAGUUCGACGUCCUGGUGUGCUGGACGGCGGUAGACGGCGAAUUAGUUCGCGGAGCCUUACUGCCUACACUGGCGCUCAAGUAUAAGUACCGCGUCCACGCAGCCACGCUCUCUACCCAGCCCGACCACUGGUACAGUGAGCUAGUAGGGGAAGUGUCUCGAUGCCGGUCUCUAGUCGCCGUGCUGUCUCCAGCGCAGUACACUCCGCAGCAGUUGCUCACCGCUCUGAGGCAGCUGAGAGCGUUACCAGUGCCCCCCGUUGUCGUUCUUCUCCAGGAUCUGCCGAAGCUGAAGCGCGAGGCGAAGGAGUCUGGCGAGAGCUUAGUGGAGGUGCUGCGGCGCACGCGGCUGGUGGCGUGGCGCCACGUGCACGAGCGCGCCUUCUGGACCGCGCUGCGCCUGGCGCUGCCGCUGCCGCCGCCGCACCGCCCGCCCCGCGAGACAAUUGAAUCGGAGGAAAGCAAAAACUCUCGCUCGGGAAGUCUGACGGCUCUCGUGUGAGAAAUUAGAAAAACCCAUUGUAAACCCGCGCGUCGCCCGCGAAGUACCGCUGGCAGUUAUGAGACGUGUAUAAAGGAGUGAUAGUGAGUGACACUAAACGAGACUAUGUUGCGUGAAUAUCGUAAGGGACAUUUGUGCCGCCAAUACGUAUGAAGACUGUGAGUAGUUAGUAAUUAUAAAAGAAAUUCGAUCACAUUAAUGGUAUUUUAGUUAGUAACGUAGGAAGACUUGAAAUCUGUAUACAGUUUUCUAAGAUCUCAGUAUUUACUUCUCUUUCUCUCUCUCUCGUACUAUUUUCGUUUCUCUUUCUUGUGCCAAAGGAAAAUUGCAAACAUGACAAUUAUUAUUUAAUUCUUUGGUUGUACUUUAUUUAUUUUAUGUUUAUGCAUAAUUGUACUAUCGUAGAAAAUGAGUAUUAUUACUUUCGAUUCUAUCAUUUCCUUAGUUUUAUUGUUGAUUAAGUAUAAAAUUGUUUUUUAAAACAUGUCUAAAUAUAAAAAUAAAUGUGACGGUUUUUAGGUCUGUGAUAAUUAAUCAAAAUGCGGUGUAUAGACAGCAAUGUUUAAAAGCUGUCAAGUAUCUCACAUUGUGUAAACUUGUGUUAAUUAACAUUGUCAUUGGGUGUAUCUAGUUGAUUAAUGUUAUGACUUUUAUAAUCUUCAAGUAUUUUGUACAUAAAUUCAUAACGAACCAAAAUAAAAAGGCCUCUUAACAUCAUACAGAUGAAAUUUUGUAAUAUAUCUUUUCAAAGGCUGCUAUAACACUUAAUGUUGUGUAAUUAUAACUGUGUAUUUACCGACACGGAUCUUGAACCCUGACCUUUAAACCUGCACGGAAACAAAUUUUGGAUCUCUUUUAACAAAGUGAGGCACAGGGGCGACGGGGGCGAGGCAAUCAUAUUAUGAUCUUGAUCUGGCUUAACGCGGCAAAACUAUAUCUCCUUUCAACCGUAUCGUCGUUCGUUCCUGUUUCGUUACGUAUUACGAUUCGAAUACAAAAUACUGCUUCUAUUUUAUUAAUUUUCUUACUUCUAUGAAAUUUAAAAAAAAAUAUAAGGAACUAGAAAAUAAUUAACGCGCAAAUCGAUCCCUUGUUGCUGAAAGCUCAAGAUCCGUGCCAGUAAAUAUAUUACCGUGACAAACUUUUCUCAUUAAGUCCUUAUUUUUUGUUUGUUUGUAAAUUGUUGGAUAGCAUUUCCCAACAAUAUUUAAAUGUGAAUAAUAUUUAAUGCCCCUCACCUUUUCUAGUAUUAUGUACUCCUUACAUUCCAGAAAAUUAUAAUUGUGUUAAGUUAAUAUACACUUAUUGUAUAGAAUUAUAUAAAUUUCGAAAUAAACAGAUAAGAAACCUAA